AUGGCUGCCGCUCGUCGAGGAUCCGCUGCGACGCUGUGCACAGACGAGAACCUGUCAACGGCGGCGGGGGAUUGGACGGCCUCUUUCGUGACCGGCGAUGCACCAACUGCGCCCGGAAAGAUCGGCCCUGCACUUUCAAGAUCUCUCGACCUAGACACACCCUCCUCGUUAAGCCCCGCGUCGUCAAGGGUGGCCCGGGCGUUCAAUGUACGAGAGGACCUCAUCGACUCGUCCAUGUGGCAUAUCUUCUCCUCGAUCUUCGAGACCGCCCUCGGCGUAUGGCUCGGCGGUGGUUGCUGCCCGUACCCGGGACUUCCAGAUGGAUCUCGGACGAUCAUCUCACGACUCUUCGUGAGCCUGGACGAGUGGAAAUGCCCGUGCCGGCGCCACGACGGCCACGCGAAACCCCGAUCGAUGACUGCUUCUUCGGGGAAUGUCUGCGUCAAGGCAGGCAAGGUGGUCAACCAGGCCCUCAACGCGGCCGUCCACGCGUUCAGCGUCCGGUGGUUGCCGCUCGUGGCGGGCAAGAGUAUCUCAACCGAGAAGCUGAACGACCUGGCCCGAAAGCUCUGGCACAAUGCCCGGGUCAAGGUUCUCUUGAUCCUGCAGAAGCGCUGCUACAGGUCGAUCCUGGCCCUGUAUAUCUUCGGCAUGACUCCCCUGCCUCCCGGUCUGGAGGACCACGAGCUCGGCGACGGGACCAUCGGUGAGGUCUGCGUCGACAUCGCCAUGCGACAACUACAGACUGUGCGAGCCAGGAGGGACGUCAGCCGCUUCUCGUCCGCGGCCAUUGCGACCGAUUCGGUACCGUUGUCAGCGGUAGUCGACACAUCACCCCACCACACGGUUGACGAGGGCUACGAACUGCGAGAGACCAUUGCGUACUGGGCAGGAUUUGUGUUCGACACAUCUGCCUCGUUCACAACUGGUCUCCCAUCGAUCCUCCACGCGAGUCUCCUCGGGUUCGAACAGGAACAGACGGUGCAGCUCCUCAAGAAGACGGCGCAAGAGUUCCACGAAAAGACCGAGGACUGGCGCGCCAACGGCUUCGAGGUGACGAACCAACGCGCGAUCUGGAUCGUCCAGUCCGCGAGCGGGUGCAAGGGCGUGUUUUGGAAAGCGGUGGCCGCGUUGCGAGAGGCGUUGAACUACGGCCACGAGCCGCACGUGGUGGUCCGGGCACAGACGGCCGUUCUGCAGUGCAUGCUCAGAUACGACGUGACUUAUGCGCCGCUGCUCGCCGCCUGUAAGCGGGCGUUACUCUUUCUCGGCUUCGAAGCCCAGCUCAAUUGGUAUCUUCUCGCUCUCCACUAUCACUUGGGGCUCCUGAUGCUGUACGACACCCUGGAUACUUUUGGCAGGAGAGACUUGGUGACGAAUCCGGACAACGCGCAAUGGGCUGCCGUGCAGGAGACCAUCAACAUCAUCUUGCUGGGCAUCCAAUGCAAGGUGUCCCUUCAAACUGUAUUUGGCUCGACCUCUUCGGCCCCGUCUCGUCGCGACGACAUGGUGUGCCUGCUCAGCGUCGACCCCUAUCCGCACCACGUGGCGACAGCCUUGGGCCUGGUGUCGGAUUUCUUGAAGAAGAGCUCCAACGAGGCUUGCACGAGCGGCGACGCGCUCAGACAAGUCCGAAAGGUGGCGACGAUGGCGUUCGAUCAGCUUCCGCAAUGCUCAGCCUCGCUGCAAGCUGCUCGAGUAAACGUCGGUGCGAAACUGGAGGAAGUCCAACAACUCCACGACGGUCCGAUGGCCGAUAAUGGCAAGAAGUCACCAAGCCCGGGUCGACAACAGCACCUGCAACCCGAGAGCGGCGGCAUCCACGGGUCUCGGGAGGAGGAUUUCGAGGCCAUUGACAGGCUGGAGAUCGGAACCGUGCACCACGCAGUCGAGAAUUUUGCGGCCAGCAGUGUCGACUCUCAGCAGACGACGACGACGACGACGACAUCAGGGCUUGUGGAUCAGUGGGAUUGGACGUCGAGCGAGGACAGUCCGAUGAGUUUUGAAAUCCCCGGGGACGACAUGUUUUUGGCCGAUCACGGCCUGUUCGAAAGCGAGUCUGUGCCGGAACUUCUCUCGCUGGCCGGCGCCGCAUUUCUGCUGCUGCUGCUUGAGGAGGAGGAGCUGCUGGUCGGCUGCUGGUGUUUUGAUGUGUUAUUGUUGUCGGAACAGGUAGUUCUCUGCUGUGAGGAUGGUGAUGAUGACGAUGAUGAAGACGAUCUUGUUGUGGAUGUGGUGGUGCUCUGCUGGAAGAGGCUCGCGCCUGUAGUGUUGGGUGUGGAGUUCAUGGACAGAACGGAUUUGCGGGCGAAGAAGGCCGAUGCCAUUGCGUGCGGCGUGUCCUGGAUUGUCCAAGCCGUAGAAUAA